CAGGGCCCAAAGCGGAAAAGGGGAAGGGAGCUCAGCCGAGGCAGUCAGGUAGGCAGCGGACUCCGCCGAGAUCGGCGGCGGGGAUCAUGGCGGCGCAGAGGGAGAAGUCGGCGGCUGUGGCCGCCCCUGCCCCCGGCGCCGCGGCCUCGGGUUCGCCGUCUCCUUCGUCGUCGUCCGGCGCUCCCGCGGCGGCGGCGGGGGAGCGGUGGAGCGCGGCGAUCGGGAACCUCGGGGAGCUGGGCGCCAACGUGGACGCGCUGCAGAAGCUGCUUGCGCGGAAGGCCGUCUUCGUCGACGACGACAUCUUCUCCAAGGCCUCGCUCGCCGCCGACCAGGCCCGCACCAUCAAGGUUCUUGACCAGAGGGUUCAGUCUCUGGAACGCGAACUUGAUGCUGCCAUUUCUGCCGCAGCUCGAGCUCGUACAGAGAAACGCCAGGCUGAAGCUGCCCAACGAGCCGCAGAGUUACGCGCGCAGGAGGUCACAAAGGAGCUGGAGAACACUGCAAGAGUGUUUGAGCUACACAUGGAGGAGCUGCGGCUGAAGCAAGAGGAGAUUGCAAAGAAAGAUAGUGAUAUCAAGGUGUUAGAAGCGAUAAUACGAACCCUAAGUAGCAAAGAUGACAUUCUUAGCAGCAAAGAUGAUGAUGGAUCCAGUGAAUAAAUACCAUACACUGGGAGCAGGCUAAUAUCAAGUAUCUCCCCGUGUAUAUGAUUAUAUUUCUUUUUCUGGGUUUUAGCCCUUCUAUCAUUCAGAUGGCUGUAAAUUGUAUUGACAAGAUUGAAAUUCAGAGAGCUAUCAGAUGAACAUAUGCACCAAUAGGUUACCCUGUUUAUAGCAAUACUAAUGAUAUGUUCACCUCCACUUUUGGACCUGUACAUGAUGGUUCAUCUGUCAUUAUCAGUACGAGGAAGAGAGAGAUGGGAGCUCUGUUGUGCU